AUGGAAAUGGAUGAUGAUGAUAUGGAAAUUUCAAUGGCGAUAAUUACCAAUGAUAGUCAAACAUUUCCAUCCAACAUUUCCGAAAAUACUACAGCCGAAGCAGAUGGAAAAACGAAUACAAGCAAUAGUAUUAUUACUUCUUCUACAACUAUUGCUGUUAGUAGUGAUAGUAGUAGCAGUUGUAAUUUAAGUCGAACUGGUAGUAGUGAUAAUGAUGGUGAUGAAUCCUCUUCAUACAGUUCGAAUUCUGGUAGGAAAACGAAAGAGUUGUUACUGGAAGGUCAUCUGAAAAUCCUUCAAGCAGCUGAUUCGAUAAUGGAACCAAAUAUAGACGUAACUAUCAAAGGAUUUUUAAGAGAUGGUGGUCAUCCGGAAGCUAUUAUCACUUCUCUCACCAAUAGUUACCGUGGUCUUGCUCAGUACUGCGAAUUACUUGGUGACUGGUUAUCAGAUCUGGAAGGUAAUCGGAAAAUCGUUCAUGAAUGUUUCGAGAAGACAUUAAGCUCACUGCUUCAGAAACGUUUCGUAGCUGAAAUUGUCGAUAAAAAUUUUGAAGCCGCUGACGAUGUUGAUAAAUGGUUGCCGGAAUUACUGAAGCAUAGCACAUGGCGUAAUUUAAUUUAUACACUUAUCGAACAAAAUCCUCGAUCGAAAUUUUUAAUGAAAGCAAUUCGAAUGAUAUCAGAUGCUGGUUUUCAGCAUGAAAUUACGAGUGUCCAUCCAGCUGCCCAACAGCUUGAAAUUUAUUGUCGUAUGGUACUUACUGCAAUUGACGACUUUUUUCUGAAGCACAAAAAAGGGCCGUUGACAGAAGAUUAUGAGAAGGCAUUUGCAGAAUUAACUCGUGUGGUUUGCUACAGCGAGCAUACUUAUUUGUUCACGCAAGUUCUUUUGCAUGAAAUUAUCAAAGAGGAAAAGAAUGAAACAGCAGCAGUUUGUACAUAUUUGGCUCAAAUAUUACGUCGUGAAGCACAUAAACGUAACUAUCAGGAUACAUACGAUAUUCAUAUCGCUUUAGAUGGAGGAUAUGGUGAUUAUGAUAAUGAUGUGAAGCAAAUCGUAUAUACAAUGCUUAGCAAGAAAUGCUUAAAUCAGGCUGAUAUUAUUCGUCUUUAUGAACUUUAUAGUUCAUCAGAACCACCACCUGUUGAAUUUAUACAAGAUCCAUUUUUUGUCGAUAUGCUCAUCGACGCGUUAUUUGCAUAUGAAGGAAGUAAGGUUCACUCGAACCACCGCUCGAAAUACAUCUUUUUAUUGUCCUAUGCUUCUUGUAGUACUUCAGAUACUGCGUCCGGUGAAAGAGAAAACGAAGAGAUGGAAAAAACGAAAUGCAUUAUGGAACAAAUUUUGGAUAGUAUAAGGUCGGAGCGCGAAUUUUUAAAAGAUAUUCGUGUGCUACUCAAUGGCAUUGAGUUUCCUUCAGUUGCCAGUGGACUCCUGCAUUAUUUACAAGGAUUUUUGUUGAGUGAUGAAAUACUCAGUGAACUGGAAGUGGUUCAUUUUGUUUUGUUGGACGAGAUUGCUACAAAACAUUCCAGUCUGCAUAUCAGAUUAUUCGAAAUGCUUUGUGAGCUCUAUGAUCGUCAGUCAAAGUUGUUGCAACCAGCAGAAAUGAUCAUCGCGAAACAACGAAAUGUUAUUGAUCGUUUUGUUCAUCUAUUUUCUGUUGGUUUCGCAUUGCCAGUUAUCGAAAGAAUCAACAAAAUGUUUCAGGAAGGACAAAUUGAUGUUUCUCUCGCAAGGUGA